GACACCCAACGAUGGUGAAGUCAUAUUUAAAAUUCGAGCAUUCGAAGACUUUCGGGCUCAUUGCCUCCGGUUCGUCUAAUGCGAUCUGGGCCCGCGAUGAGGAGAGCCUGGGUACUGCGCGCCGAACGGGCUCCGGAAGAGCCAUCGUGGGCGCGAGUGAGGAAGUCCUUUGCUGGGACAUCAAGAAAGGAGAGCUGCUAGGCAGGUGGCGAGACUCGGCCUGCAAAGCACAGGUCACAGUAAUCACGCACAGCAAGACGGACGAGGAUAUUUUUGCGGUCGGUUAUGAGGAUGGAAGCAUUCGUCUCUGGGAUUCGCGAACCGAGUCCGUGAUCAUCUCUUUCAAUGGUCACAAGUCCGCCAUCACCCAACUUGCCUUCGAUAGCGCCGGAGUUCGCCUUGCGAGUGGCUCGAAAGAUACGGACAUCAUUCUCUGGGAUCUGAUCGGAGAAGUCGGACUUUUCAAGAUGCGCGGACAUACCGACCAGAUCACUUCACUGAAUUUUCUCACCCCCUCCACCGAAUUACUCAACGCUGCCGGCCUUAGUGAUCAUGCAGGAUUUUUGUUGUCGACGGGCAAGGAUGCGCUGAUCAAGGUCUGGGAUCUGGCGUCGCAACACUGCAUUGAAACCCAUGUGGCUCAAUCGAACGGCGAAUGCUGGAGUUUGGGGCUUUCACCUGACGAGAGUGGUUGUAUCACCGCUGGCAAUGACGGAGAGCUCAAAGUCUGGUCAAUUGAUGAGAGCGCUAUGAUCGAAAUUUCAAAGGAGAAGGUCGGAUCUGAAGGCCAGAAGAUUCUGACAGACAGGGGAACAUUCUACCGCAACGGCAAGGAUCGCACGAUUGGAAUCAGCUUCCACCCCCGCUCGGACUACAUUGGGAUUCACGGUUCGGAGAAGGCAGUCGAGAUUUGGCGCAUCCGCUCACAGGUCGAGGUGCAAAAGAGUCUGGCAAGGAAGCGCAAGAGAAGAAAGGAGAAGGACGCGCAGCGUGCUGCAGACAAGGAAGGAGCGGUCGUGGAGGCUGACACCCAGACACCUGACGACGCAGCGUCUGCACCGGUUUCAGAAGUCUUCGUUUCGCACACCAUUGUUCGUACUGGGGGCAAGGUCCGGUCCUUCGACUGGAUCAGGACGAAAUCUAGCGGGAAUCUGCACCUGCUGGCUGCUACUACGAACAACCAGAUUGAGGCCUACAGUGUCGUGACCGCCAACAAAAAGAACAAGGACGAGGACGAAUCGGAGUACACUCGAAAUCUGGCAGUCGAUAUUCCAGGCCACCGCACCGAUAUUCGUUCCGUUGCAUUGAGCUCUGAUGAUCGAAUGCUGGCGUCUGCGUCCAAUGGAAGCCUCAAGAUAUGGAACAUUCGCACCCAAAGCUGUCUGCGUACACUCGAAUGCGGCUAUGCCCUCUGUUCGGCCUUCCUACCCGGAGACAAGAUUGUCGUCGUUGGAAACAAAGACGGCCAACUUGAGGUUUUCGAUAUCGCCUCCUCGACUCUCCUUGAUACGAUCAAGGCCCACGACGGGCCGGUAUGGUCCCUGCAAGUUCACCCAGAUGGCAAGUCCCUGGUCAGUGGCAGUGCCGACAAGACUGCCAAGUUUUGGAACUUCCAGGUUGUUCAGGAAGAGAUUCCGGGGACGAAGAGAACCACACCGCGACUCAAGCUGGUACACACAAGAACCUUGAAGGUCUCCGACGACAUCCUCAACGUUCGCUUCUCCCCUGAUGCUCGAUUGUUGGCUGUUGCUCUGCUGGAUAAUACGGUCAAGGUGUUCUUUGUCGAUUCACUCAAGCUCUUCCUCAACCUUUACGGCCACAAACUUCCGGUCCUUAGCAUGGACAUUUCGUGGGAUAGCAAAUUGAUUGUCACAUGCUCAGCCGACAAGACUGUCCGCGUCUGGGGUCUGGACUUCGGUGAUUGUCACAAGUCAUUCUUGGCUCACGAGGACAGUGUUAUGGCUGUUGCAUUCGUCCCCAACAACAAAGAAGGAAACGGCCACAACUUCUUCAGUGCUAGCAAGGAUCGUUUGAUCAAGUACUGGGAUGGUGAUAAGUUUGAGCAUAUUCAGAAGCUCGCUGGACACCAUGGUGAGAUUUGGGCGCUGGCCAUCAGCCACUCUGGAGAAUUUAUUGUCACUGCCAGUCACGAUAAGAGCAUCCGCACCUGGGAACAGACGGACGAACAGCUGUUCUUGGAAGAAGAGCGGGAGAAAGAGCUCGAAGAGAUGUAUGACAACUCCCUCACCGCUUCCCUCGAACAGGACGAGGACGGCGAGGACGGUGAAAAGGCCGAAGCCGUUGAUGCCGGCAAGCAAACGACCGCCACGCUCAUGGCCGGAGAAAAAAUCAUCGAAGCUCUGGAUUUGGGAAUGGAGGAUCUCGAAGUCAUGCGCGACUGGCGUGUCGUUAAGGCCAAGCAGCCGAAUGCAGCUCCUCCCAAACGCAAUCCCCUGUACAUGGCACUGGGUGACGUUUCCGCCGAAAGACACCUCCUGAACGUUGUCCAAAAGAUUCCCGCUGCCGCUCUACAGGACGCUCUGCUGGUUCUUCCCUUCUCCAAGAUCCCGGCUCUGUUCACGUUCCUUAAUAUCUGGGCUAGUCGCGAGUGGAACGUCCCCCUUACCUGCCGUGUUCUCUUCUUCAUUCUCAAGACACACCAUCGUCAGAUCAUCGCCAGCAGAAUGAUGCGGCCGAUGCUGGACGGCAUCCGCGCCACCCUGCGCCGGGUGCUGGCGCGCCAGAAAGACGAGAUGGGCUUCAACAUCUCCGCACUGCAGUUUGUCGGCCAGCAGAUCAAAGAAUCGAGCACGAAGGACUACAUCGACGAGGCCGCCUAUGAGGAACAGGAGAGAAUGACAGGUACGGGCAAGAAACGGCAGUUCAUUAGCAUUGCUUGAACAAGUUCUGUCUCAGGAUGAUUUGUUUUCAAUAUCUGUAUCCAUGCAUGUGUCCGGCGUUCAGAAAUAGUUUUAGGGUCGAUUCCUUUUUCCUCGUUUUCUUUUGGCUACGCAUGAAAAGUUCUAUAUCCGGAAGGUUAUGAUAUGUUUAAG